AUGGCAGACCCGCAGCAGCGUCCGGAUGCCUCGCCGGUGUAUAUGCCCCCUACCGGGUGGUACCCGCCAAUGGGUUACUCUCCGAAUCGCCUCUAUUCGCCCCACUCGGGUCCUAGGAGGGUGUACUAUGCGCCACGGUACCCCUAUCCCAUGCAGCCAAACCGCCAGAUGGUUAGCCCCGUCGCAAGGUCCACGAUGGCGGCACAGGGUGCACAGACGCCGACCAUAGGACCCUGGCAGCCACAGCAUCCCAUUCCUAACAGCCCAGCGGGAAUGCCGAUGCCCCAAGCAAGGGUGAUGUACAGGCAACCAGGGGAACUCAUAACCUUCCCGCAUAGCCCGCAGAGUGUAGGGCAAGGUCAACGAGAGCUCGGUGAACCUAUGUUCAUUGGGUACAACCCACAGAGCCCCUUCGCACCCGGACAAAUGGGAAACUCGGUAUUCAUGGGGUAUAACUCGCCCACGGCAAUUCAAGGUCCGUUUCAAGGGCUGCCGACUCCUGAUCCAACCAUCGGCGAUCCGAUCCAUACCUUGCCCAGUCUCCCCUCCAGCAAUACGCAAGGUAGUGUUAGAUCCUCAGCCGGACGGGUAAGGAAACAGCCACGCAGGCUCAAGCUUAUCAUAGAGGAGGCGGAUUACGUGAAAGGAAGAACGGCGAAGUGUGAUCAUUGCAAGGCCGAGAACGCUGAAGACGUGUGGCGUUGCAAGCCGUGCGGCCACCAGAUAUGCGUUGAAUGCACAGGCACAAAGAGCAAUAGGCGAAGCCAUUGGGACAGAGGACUGCUGCAUAUGCCAUACGAUGUCUUUCAGUUAAUGCUAGACAAUGUACACACCAAGCCUGCCACAGGAGCCAGACAGUCAGAGCCAAAGCCAGAGGCACAAACCCAAACGGGAACCGAAGCCGAUUCCAGUCGUAUGCAGAGGCGCAGAGCAACUCCAGCAGUUGUUGACGACGCCGCUGUGCCAGAGCCAGACAGCACCUGCAGUGGCUCAGCCAACUAA